AUGCCUGGCAGGCAGACUGUCCAGGAGUAUGGGAGACUCUAUGGCACUUUCAGAAGAGGUCAGUAUAUGCUUCCUCAUGACCGCAUGGAAGCCGACAGGCUCGAUCACAUGGAGGAGGUGAUUUCGUUAUGCAGGCCCCCGAGCGAAGCGAGGUUCACCUCUGUCAACCUUGAGCCCCUUAGGAGGGCCGUGCAGCCGCUCGAGGAGAGGGUGCGCAUCCUUGACCUAGGCUGCGGCUCGGGUGUAUGGAUGAACAAAAUGGCGAGACACCUUCCUAAUGCUGAAAUCGUCGGUCUCGACAUUCAUUACCAGGCCGCCGACUUUGUACCGCCCAACGUUUCAAUAAGAGCGCCGUGGGACUACGAAGCUCCAUGGGCAUUGGGAGAAGAAUCAUGGGACAUGAUCCAUCUCCAGAUGGGCCUGGGUAGCGUAGCGGAUUGGAUGGGCCUGUAUCAGAAGAUCAUCCGCCAUCUUGUUCCGGGUACGGGCAUCUUCGAGCAGGUCGAGAUCGACUUUGAACCUCGAUGUGAUGACGGCUCCCUUGCGCCAGACACAAGACUGGUGGAUUGGUGGCACCGAUAUCUCAAAGGAUCCUAUGAUAUCAUAGGGCGAAGAAUCACAUACGACCCUAACAUUGGGGAGAUGCUCAAAGCGGUCGGGUUCAGACAAGAAGAUAUCAAGCACGAGAUGUACCGCAUCCCUCUGAGUCCGACAGCCAAGGGGAACCGACAAGCAGGCUUGCUUUGGCAAGUCGCCAUGUCGUCUGGAGAUGACAGCAGCCUCACAUGCGGCAUGGAAGCUAUGAGCCUCCGGCCGUUGUGUAGUCUGAACGGUUGGCCUGCAGAGCAUGUGAGACGACUGUGUCAGGAAGCCAGUCAAGACGCGGCGCACCCUGCCGUAAAUGCUUACAAUAAUCUGCACAUUUGGACCGCACGAGCUCCUCCAAAGAAGUGA